AUGGACGAAGCAGACGAAGCGCAAGCCAACACCGACCCCGUGGCCUCGCUAUGGAACUGCCUGCGGGAUGGAUACCCUCUCCUGACCAUCUACAAUGCCUCCAGCCCCGAGGAGUAUCUCGAAGUCGACCCCGCCAAGAUCCCCGAGGCCAAACGUCCGAAAGCCGCCACCUUCAAAUUCCUACAGGCCUCCUUGAAGGAACUGGCCUUCCCUCAGCAGGAUUGCUUCCUCAUCACCGAUCUCUAUGGCGACAGCACGACUGGUUUUAUCAAGGUCAUAAAAAUGGUCAACCGGGUCUUGGACAUCUUGGAAAUGCAGGGUCAGCUCAAGCGACGAGCGGACGACACCACCCACGCACCUGAAAAGGGGGCUGUCAAACUGACCCGGCGAGAACACAUCUUGAAGGAAUUGCUAGAAACGGAACGCGACUAUGUCCACCACCUACAGAACUUGCAGGCACUCAAGAAGGAAUUGGAGGAAACGGGCGCUCUGACCGGUGACCUCAGCCAUCAGAUUUUCCUGAAUCUGAACAACCUCCUUGAUUUCGCCCAGCGAUUUUUGAUCCGCAUCGAGCAGCAUUAUGCGUUACCCGAGGAGAAGCAGAACUGGGGAGAGUUAUUCAUACAGCACGAGGAAGCUUUCCGACAGUACGAGCCAUUUAUCUCGAACCAGAUGCGUUGCGACGAAGUUUGCCUGAGAGAAUGGGACAAGAUUCGGAUUGCCCCGCGCUCCCUGGAUUUGCAACAGAUGGUGGCCCAGCCCGCAACGUUGAAUGGCUUCUUUGUCAAGCCUUUCCAGCGACUCACCAAAUACCCGUUGAUGCUUAGCGAACUCCGCAAACAGACAGAAAACCCAGACCUUCAAACAGAUAUAACCCGGGCCAUCGAUGCGAUUCAAACGGUCCUCGAUUCUGCCAACGAUGCAAUUGACAAAGAACAUCUCGCCUCGGCAUUCAAGGAACUCGACGAGCGAGUCGACGACUGGAAAUCGCUGAAGAUAGAUUCCUUCGGGGAUCUGCUACGAUUUGGAACCUUCACGGUCUUGAAAGGCGACAACGGCAAGGAUUCGGAAAGAGAGUACCACAUCUAUCUUUUUGAGCGCAUCCUUCUCUGCUGCAAGGAUAUCAACCCGAACAAACAGAAGACGAAACUGAUGGUGAGCAAAGACAAGCCUGCCACUACGGUUAAGGGAAAGCCCCGUCUUCAGCUCAAAGGCCGCAUUUACAUGGCAAAUGUAACCGAUAUCGUUUGCAUUCAAAAGCCGGGCUCUUAUCGCAUUCAAAUUUUCUGGAAGGGUGACCCCGGCGUGGUGGACAACUUUAUCAUUCGCUAUCAGAAUGAAGAUACCAUGCGCAAAUGGUACAAGGACAUUGACAACCAGCGGGCCAUCCAAGCCGAUCAUCGCAGUGCUCGGAGUACCGGCACGUCUGAAACAGAAUUCACAUAUAUGAAGGGCAUGGCAAACAUGCCGAAUCCCUACCAGCAGGAGUACGAUGCCGAACAGGAAGCCACCAAAGAAGCCGGCUUCUUUUCCGAGUUCCCCAUGAGUCGAAACGCCUCCAGCACGAGCUUGAGAACCCGGUCUGCCACAGGAGGAAGUGGGAGCUCUGGACCUCCACUCUCCUCGGGUCGUCCGCCACGCUUCCCAAUGCCCGACCCCAACCUGUCCGUGCAUACUCAGUUCCCCGGUGGUGGUAUGUCCCCUGCAGAAAGAAACGCGCCGUCCUACUUCUCGCCCGUCGCCGAGACGCCGUCAACGCGAUCAAGUUCUCAGUCGACUGGUUUCUCCUACGGGCGGCAGACGCCAUCCGCCAACUGGACCGAAGAGUCGAACCGAUACACGGCACCCGCUUUGUCUCGUGGGGUAUCCAGAGACGGCUCGAACUCAUACUUCAACAACGCCCCGAACGGACGAGGUGUGCAACGACCCUCCUUGCCACCCAUGUCCGGCCAAGCCUCGAACGGCAUGGCCCAACGCAUGCGAUCCGCCAGCAGUCCCGACAUCCACAACCACAACCCGGAAAUGCGUCGGUACAUGGGGGCGCACACGAUGCAGACCGUUGACAACGUACCGGUCCCACCCAUUCCGGCACACAUGGCCAGCAUGAAGGCCCCCGUCAAUCGAAGCCAGAACAAUUCGCCGACCAACGGUAACAUUCCGAUUCGAAACGCCAACCAUCUUUCCAACACCUCGCACCACGACUCGCGGCACAUGCCCGCGACCCAGUUUAAUGAACCCCAGUACUCUGAAUCUCGAGCCACCCCGUCGACGUCGGACCAACCGACAUCGCCCUUGAGCCACGAGCCCGACGAGGACCCUCUCAUGCCUACGCAACUCAAAGCCAAGGUGAGCUUUGACGAUAACUACGUGACGCUGGUGAUUGCCAGCAACAUCAUGUUCCGCUCGCUCACGGACCGGGUGGACGCCAAACUGGCUCGAUUCACCAACCGGUCGAUUGGCAAUAAGUCGGUGCGUUUGCGUUAUCGCGACGAGGACGGGGAUUUCGUCACCAUCGACAGCGACGAGGCUGUGCAGCUCGCAUUCAUGGAAUGGCGCGAGCAGCAUCGGGACGCGCUCUCUCGAGGCCAAGUCGGAGAAAUCCAGCUAUAUUGCCAGGCCGUGGAGAACUGA